AUGGAUAGUGCAUGGCCUGCUGUCGAACCAGGGUUGCUCAGCUUUCUGCAGCGAGUCUUUGUGUCUCCUUUGCGUUUGGACGCAGCAUUUGAUGGGGAGGCAGACUGUGAAGAGAUGCUGGUUGAGGCAUUCCCUCAUAUGGUCGAUGAGGAAAAGCGGAACGCUACUGCAAUUUUGCUGCAGUGGAAGGCAGAAGUCAGCAGGCCAUUGAAGCGGGUGAGGUUGGUAACGGUUUCAUCUGCAAUGCAUGUGCUCCCCCUUCCAGAUGUUUUGAAUGUACAAGAUGAAUAUCAACGCAUCACGAAAACAAGUGUUCAUUGCAUUUUGGAGAUGCAUUCGAAGCGGAAGCAGAAGAAGUAUAGGGAGGAUGCCCCUGACGUUCGGUCCAAGAAGUUUGACUCGGAAAGGAAGAAGUAUUCCUUGUUAUUGGCCCAGGUGAUGAUCAAUGCACAGCUGCCGAUUGUGGCUCUCAUUCAGACUCUGGACGAUGCCAAUUCUGCUUGGAUUCAUAUCUUUGCUGCAAGGAGGGCGAACACCUUGAAAUCCAGGUACCAGGUCUGGAAGCCGUUUGAGAAGUGGCUGGAGAUGCAUCGGGGUUAUCUUUUUCCCCAAUCUGUGAAGGAUGCCAUCGAUUACAUGCAGCACAGGGUCGACAACGGUUGUGGUAGGACAGUUCCAGAGUCGUUGAGCAUCACUCUGGGUAUGUUGGAGCAACUUGGACGGGUGCCAGACUCUGCAAGGAUUUCUGAUGAUCCAUUGUGGAAGGGACACAUCAAGUCGUGGACAGCAGAGCUCAGUGAGGAUUCACCGCCGAGAAAACCAGCGGAGAUGUUUACAGUUGCGAUGGUGAUCGCAUUGGAGCUCUUGGUUGUUGAAGAAGCUGCAACGAUCUUUUCCAGGGCAUUGGCAUGGGUGAUCCUCGUGAUGAUUUGGGGCGCCAUGAGAUGCGACGAUGUUCAGGCGAUCAUUCCCAGGCGCUCCUUCCUCUCGAAUUUUGGUCUGAAGCUGAUCUUGGGAAAGUCGAAGACGACUGGUCCAGACAAGGUUCAGAAAGAAGUGGCGGUGCACAUUUUUCGCACCAUUUCCUUGACUGGAGAAGAUUGGUUGAGGUGUGGUUUCAACAUCUGGGAGUCAGAUGAAUUCAGCUUUCCCAGGGACUACAUGGUGAUGGAGCCCAGCAAGGAUUGGACGAAGGUGAGACGGAAAUUUGUCACACCGUCGGGUCUCAGUUCUUUGAUUGCGAAGUUGCUGAGCACACUCAGUUGUCCGAAGCGCUCUGGGAUUGGAUGGGAAUUGAUGCCCCACAUUCUUUUAUUGCCAGAUGGAUUGGAAUCAUUUUUCUCAGGACACAGUGCGAGGAAUUUCUUGACCUCGAUUGCUGCAGUCAUUGGGUUCUCUCGCGAUGAGAGGGCUUUUCUGGGACGGUGGUCAAUGGGCAUGACUUCAUCAGAGGAAUAUGUCAGGACAUCAAGACAGGUGGUCUUCAAGAUCCAGAAGGCCGUCAACAGGUCACUAGUUGAAGGACUGGAAGAAGUCUACUAUGAAGAUGAACCCAUUCAGAGGCUGUGUGAUGCAGCGGAGAAAGCUGGAGCGAACCCCAAUCGCAUCAAGAAGAGGCAUUCAGUGCUCUCUGAUUGGGGAGGCAGACAGUCACUUGGAGGUAUCUACCCCACGUUGACCAUUCUUGAUGGGGAUUGGAAUGACCAUGAAGAUGGAGAUGGCGAUGACACGGACUUGGCAGCCAAGGUUGCCGACAUGACCCACAGGGAAGCUGCAGACGAAGUCCACUCUGCGAAGUACUUCAUCACAGUCUCUCGAAGAACCUGCUUGAGGCACUAUGGAAAUCUCAGGAAGUUCACUGCUCUAGGUGAUGACAGGGCGUCCAUCAGGACAUCUUGUUUGCAGGACUUUGCAAUCGUGGCUGACACCCCAGAGCGUAGAUCUCAGAUUGCUUCAAUUGUAGCUGCAUGGGAAACUGCAAAGGAGUACAUGUCAAAAGAAGUUGAACUCAAAGCGGAAGCCAAAGUUUUAGGGCAGCCACGUGUUCUUCAGAUCCAUGAGAGGCAGGCUAUGCUACGUGCUGUGGAGGCGAUUCAUGGAGUCCUAGGAGAUUCAGAAUGUCCUUCACCGGACUACCUUGCGAUCAAGGCAGAGGAAACUGAAUGCAACGAACCUACAGCAGCACCCCUUGAUGAGAUUUUGAGUAAGCAGUCUUCAAGCAAUUCUGUUAUUCAGUCGGCUGUUGACAACACAGGGCACAUCCGAGUGACCAGGACGAAAGCCAAGGCGAAAAUGCCGGCGACAACCGAAGAGUACAGGAAAACCAUGAAGGUCGAGGCCUAUACUUGGUUGUGCAUGGCUUCACGUUACAAGGCCAAACACUGGUUGCAUGGAUUGACAAUGGAGCCUUUCUUGAAGUUCACUGAGUAUAUUUUGGGGGAUCGGGUAUUUGGAAUUCAGAUCCCAGCAGCUUCUGGAGAAGCGUCACAACAGAAGGUUCGGCCAGAAUGGUCGAUAGUGCUUGCCUACGAACAGAGGCUCAGGAAAGAGGCCAUGAAAAAGGUCUUGGAGGGACACACAUUGAGUGAGUCAUUGCUUGCUGUCAUCAGGGAUCCUGACUUGAAAGAGGCGUACUUCACCACGCCGGUGGCACUCAGGUCAGCGUUGUCGGAGCCUCAACAACAACCUAACAAGUGGCCACGGUUCAACAGCAAAGGAGGUUUCAGUGGCAAACAGACUUCAAGUUUUACAAAAGGGAAAGGAAAGCACUCCAAGGGCAAGUCGAAAGGCAAGCCCCUCGACCAGCGGUUGAAAGGCCUCAGCCUUGCUUGGAGGACACCGGAUGGUCGCGAGCUCUGUUUCGCAUGGAAUAGUGGAGGCGUUCAGGUUGAGUUGCAUGAGUUUGACAUUGAGCGGUCCCCACAGCAUGACUUGACAGACAAUGCAUUGUGGGACAAGAUUUUUGAUACCCUCAAAGUUAUUCCCUCAGAUUCUGAUGAAGAGCAAGGCAGUGCCCCUGGAGCUUUUCAGACAGCAACAACAGGAGCAGGGAAAGAACCCACGGAUGCAACGACAGUUACAACAACGGCUGCAUCAACAGUUUUGGAACUUACAGUUGAAGGGGAUACGGAGUUUGACAUUGGAGCUUGCCACAACACGGGAAAACCCAUUUCAGUGGAAUGGGACAGAACUUGCAAGGAUUUCACUGAUGGUUUUGGUUUGUGCAGCCCAUGCAGGUGGCGUCCUCAACAGAGAGGCACGAGAAGGAGUCCUGACAUGGUGCAGUUGGCUAACAACACUUUCGAUUGUUUGGCGCAAUGCGUAAUGGCUGAAGUGCCAGACCUCCGGUUGUUGGCCUUCAAAUUGGUCACUGGGAAACUUCUUGAAUCACCUUUUUCUGAAGGGGCUCUGGCAAAGGUGCGGGCGAAGAUUUUUGACCUUCUUCCUGACCCACAAGAGGCUAGAGUGGUUGACGAGGGUCAGCCCUUUCAUUUACGGGCACUGGCACAGUGGUUGCAAGAGUUUGGUGAUCCAGAUGCAAAGUGGUUGGUUGACGAGCAGGAUUCUUUCGCAACUGGAGUUUGUUUGGGGGUGGAGCAGCCUCUGCCGAGGUCGCCUCAAGUCUGUCCCCCUAAGUUGAAGCACAGGCGCCUGGAUGAGACGGAGUUCAUGGCAGUGGCACAAAAUUAUCCUUCGGCCCAGAUUUCAACGAAGGAGCUUGAGCAGAAAUUCCGUGAGGAAGAGGAUUUGGGUCGCAUGCACCCCUCCAAGAUGGGAGUGCUUCGUGAAGAAUUUGGCGACCGUCUUCGAAUUGCUUCGAUGGCGGCAAUACAGAAACCAGACGGCAGUGUCCGUCCACUUCAUGACGCAACCCAUUCUGUGAUGGUGAACCAUGCCAUCCUGUACCAGGAUAAAAUCGAAUGCCCUGGUCCAGCUGAGAUUGCUGCAAUUGUCAGGGAGGCAACUGAGACAAAGGAGGCACCAUUUUGCGUGAGUGCAGACAUACGUGCAGCUCAUAGGCUUGUUAAAAUAAGGAGGUCUGACUGGGGCUCCAUGUGUUGCAAAGCAGAUUCCAACUCUGACACGAUUUGGGUGAACAGGGUUGGCACCUUUGGCGUAUCAAGUGCGCCCUACUGGUGGUCGAAGUUGGCUGGACUGAUCGGCAGAUUUGUCGGUUACUUGUUUCAUCAACGUUGGAUGAUGCACAUGAUCUACGUGGACGACCUCCAUGGGGUUUUUGCUGGGGAAUCCAAAUUCCUUUUUCUUUGGGUCUGGCUUUUGGCUUUUGAAGUGGCAGGGACCCCAUUUGGAUAUCACAAGUUCAAGGGUGGUUUUGCUUCAGAGUUUGUGGGGUUCCAGAUACGGUAUGAUUUGACGGAAGUUGGCAUUUCCACCAAACGUGGCACCUGGAUCAUCGAUUGGAUUGACCGUGCGAUGGCCAACAGGUAUGUUGUUCAGGCCCGUGAUUUUUCAGAGUUCUUGGGGAGACUUGGGUUCAUUGCACAACUGCUGGUGUGGCUUAAACCACAUCUUUCACCUCUCUUUUCAUGGGCUGCGGUGACAGCAGCGGGGACUGUUUGCAGACUUCCCGACACGGUCAUCCUGACGUUACAAUACAUUGCCAACGAAUUCAAGCGGGAGACAUUCUUGGUUUCAGCGCGCAGGCCUCAGCAUUUCCAAGGGGAGCGCUUCAGAACAGACGCAAAGUGCACAACUGAGUUUGUGGUACUGGCUGGAUGGGAGAUUGGUACAAAGAGGUGGUUUUCUAUCAAGUUAGGUCCAACGGAAGUUCCGUACCUUUUCAAGCCUGGAAUUGGAGCGCAAUGGGCUUCGACAUCUGCGGAGUUGCUGGCAUCAUGGCUAGCAUUACACAUGUUUGGCUGGCUUGGCGAGACGAGAGAGAGGAAAGCUUUGGAGAUCUUUCUAGUGGGAGGUACCGACAACAAAGCCAAUGAGUCAUUGACGAGCAAGAGGUCCACCACACGAUGGCCAUUGAUGGGGAUCAACAUGCAAUUGUCCUCAGCACUGUCUAGGGCACGACUUAGCCUGGGAUUACGUUGGAGGCCGAGGGAUGAAAACACUGAGGCUGACCAGCUCACCAAUGAAAAUUUUGAGGGUUUCGACGACAAGCUGCGUUUACAUGUUUGUUGGGACAGUUUGGACCUGCAGGUCUUGGAAGGCCUGAUACGCACGAGAGAGGAGUUUGAAACAGCCCGGGCAACAGCGCGGGAACUUGCAAAGCAGGCACCUAAGGUUGGGAGUAAGAAGUUUGACAAGUCUCCAUGGUAG